AUGAAGCGUAACGACUAUCUUCAUAUCAUUGAACGACAACUUGAUGAAGUUACUAUUGCUCUUGUUGGAAAAUAUACAGCUUUAGAAGAUGCUUAUGCAUCUGUACUUAAAGCACUUAAUCAUGCUGCACUUUUUUGUAAUAGAAAAUUAAAGAUUCUUUUUAUUCAUGCAAGUGAUUUAGAAGCAAAUACACAGAAAGAUGACCCUGUGAAAUAUCAUGAAGCAUGGCAACAACUAUGUAGUGCACAUGGUGUCCUUGUACCAGGUGGAUUUGGCUCACGUGGUAUUGAAGGUAAAAUAGCUGCGAUUGAAUGGGCACGAACGCAAUCAAAACCAUUUCUUGGUAUUUGCCUUGGUCUUCAAUGUGCUGUCAUUGAAUUCGCUCGACAUGUUUUACACUACAAAGAUGCUCAUUCAGCAGAAUUCGAUAAAUGUGAACAUCAAGUGGUUAUUGAAAUGCCUGAACAUAAUCCUGGAAAUAUGGGAGGAACAAUGAGAUUAGGUCGUCGAACAACUCAUUUUGUUAAUGAUGAUAGUAUUGUCAAAAAACUUUAUGGAAAUAAGGCUUCGGUUGAUGAACGUCAUCGUCAUCGUUAUGAAGUUAAUCCAGCAUAUAUAGAAGAAUGUGAAAAAGCUGGAAUGAAAUUUGUUGGUAGAAGUGAUGAUAAUGAACGUAUGGAAAUUCUUGAACUUGAAAAUCAUCCUUACUUUGUCGCUGUUCAAUAUCAUCCAGAAUAUAUAUCGCGUCCAUUAAAACCAUCUGCUCCAUACUUAGGACUUAUAUGGGCUGCUUGUGGUGAAUUAAAAAACGUUCUAUCACAUGUUGCCAAAGAACAAUCACCAACAGAUAUUUCCGCAAAAUCUCCCAGUCCUUUUUCACAUGUCAAUCUAUUUCGUCAUACUUAA